GUGUUUGUGGACAGACAGGAGGAAGAGUGGAGGUCCUUUCAUGGCGUGUAUCAGUAUCUUUAAGCGCUCAGUCUCUGCGCUCCCUUCAUUCCCCGUUCCAACAUGUUGGCAGGAGGAAAAAGAGGAGGAUGCUGCGCUCUACCCUCGGUGCGUUCUUGCCACCUCUCCGGCCGGCGCACACUGCCUCUCCCUCAGCCUCAGACUCAGCCUCUGCUGUCAGCUGUCUCCGCCUGAAGGACUUAGGAGAGGAGGUGGAGGAGGAACCCCAGGAUACACUGGAGAUCAGGAGCUCUCACACCAGGGGCUCUAACAGGAACAACAACAGCAGGAGAGUGAAACAGGGCAACUGCUCCUCAUCUGUGGUGGAAACUACUCCAACCUCCGCCGCAACCCCCUCCUCCUCCCCUUGCCUCCCUCCAUCCGCUUCCUUACUUUCAGCCCCCAGAUCCAUGUGGCAGGAGGCAAUAAAGAGGAAGAGGUACCUGCUGGACCAGGCAGGGGAGACAGGAGAAGGAGACAGAGAAGGAGGAGGAGGUCAGGAAAGGAGGAACAGGUCCCCAGACUGGCUGUAUGAGUCGUACUACUGUAUGAGCCAGCAGCAUCCCCUCAUUGUGUUUCUGCUGCUCAUAGUUAUGGGAGCCUGCCUGGCUCUGCUGGCUGUGUUCUUUGCUUCAGGACUGAACGUUGAGGACCACGUGGCCUUUGUUAUCACUGUGCCCACGGCGCUGGCCAUCUUCCUGGCUGUGUUCGUGCUGGUCUGCAUCGAGUCUGUCUUCAAGAAGCUCCUGCGUGUUUUCUCCUUGGUCAUUUGGGCCUGUUUGGUUGCCAUGGGUUACCUUUUCAUGUUUUCUGGCGGGAUCAUCUGUCCAUGGGAUCAGGUGUCAUUCUUCCUGUUCAUUGUGUUUGUGGUUUACACCAUGCUGCCCUUCUCGAUGCGGGACGCCGUCAUCGCCAGUGUCCUGACGUCCUCUUCUCACACCAUAGUGCUGAGUGUCUGUCUGUCCACCACAGCUGAUCACAUGGAAACAGUAGUGUGGCAGAUUUUGGCCAAUGUCAUUAUUUUCAUCUGUGGAAACAUGGCUGGGGCGUACCACAAGCACCUGAUGGAUUUGGCGCUCAAGCAGACUUACCAGGACACAUGCAACUGCAUCAAGUCCCCCAUUAAACUGGAGUUUGAGAAGAGACAACAGGAGCGACUCCUGUUGUCACUGUUGCCAGCUCACAUCGCCCGUGUAAUGAAGGCCGAGAUCAUCCAGAGACUACAGGGACCAAACUUUGGCCAGAUUGAGAAUACAAACAAUUUUCACAACCUCUAUGUCCAGAGACACACCAAUGUCAGUAUACUGUAUGCUGAUAUCGUGGGAUUCACGCGGCUGGCCAGCGACUGUUCCCCUGGAGAGCUGGUGCACAUGCUGAAUGAGCUGUUUGGCAAAUUUGAUCAAAUUGCCAAGGAAAAUGAAUGUAUGCGCAUCAAAAUCCUGGGUGACUGUUACUACUGUGUGUCAGGCCUGCCCGAGUCUUUGCCCAACCACGCUAAGAACUGUGUCAAAAUGGGCCUGGACAUGUGUGAGGCCAUCAAGAAAGUCCGAGAUGCGACAGGGGUGGACAUCAACAUGCGUGUUGGGGUGCAUUCUGGGAAUGUCCUGUGUGGAGUGAUUGGUCUUCAGAAGUGGCAAUAUGAUGUCUGGUCACAUGAUGUCACACUAGCCAAUCAUAUGGAGGCAGGUGGUGUACCAGGACGAGUGCAUAUCACCUCAGUAACACUGGAGCACCUAAACGGUGCCUAUAAGGUGGAGGAUGGCGAUGGACAAGAGAGAGACCCCUACCUGAAGGAGCAUGGAGUCAUCACCUACCUGGUCAUCAACCCAAAGGUGGACCGUCGGAGUCCACAGCAUCACUACCGUCCCAGACACACACUGGACGGAGCAAAGAUGAGGGCUUCAGUCAGAAUGACACGCUACCUGGAGUCCUGGGGUGCUGCCAAGCCCUUUGCCAACCUGCAUCACCGAGACAGCAUGACUAAUGAGAAUGGAAAGAUUAACACUGCUGAUGUGCCAAUGGGGCAGUAUCACUUCCAAAGGAGAUCAGAGAGAACAAAGUCUCAGAAGAAACGAUUUGAGGAGGAACUUAACGAAAGGAUGAUCAGGACCUUUGAUGGGAUAAACUCACAAAAACAGUGGCUGAAGUCCGAGGACAUUCAGAGAAUAUCCUUGUUCUUUCACAACAAAUCCUUAGAGAAGGAGUACAGAGCAACAACCUUGCCGGCCUUCAAAUAUUACGUCACCUGCGCCUGUUUGAUCUUUUUCUGCAUCUUCAUUGUGCAGAUUCUGGUCCUGCCAAAGACAACAGUCUUGGGAAUAUCCUUUGGAUUGGCUUUCCUUAUUCUUUCCUUGAUCCUCUUCAUAUGUUUCAUUGGACACUUCUUGCACUGCAGUAAAAGCGCCUCCACUUCAUGGAUGUGGCUGCUGAGGUCAUCGGGCAUCAUCGCCAACAAGCCGUGGCCCCGUAUUACUCUCACCAUGACAACCACAGCUGUAAUACUCAUUAUGGCGGUCUUCAACAUGUCCUUCUUGGAGGACAACGUGUCACCUCCGGUUCCUGUUUACAAUUCAACUAAUGAGUCGGUGUUUUACCCUAAUGGACAACCAGUCACUUUCAUCGACAAAAACAAUUUCUACCUUCCUUAUUUCAUUUACAGUUGUAUCCUUGGCCUGAUCUCUUGCUCGGUGUUCCUGAGGAUAAACUACGAGCUGAAGAUGAUUAUCAUGCUGACAGCAGUGGUGGUUUACAACAUCAUUAUUCUACAGACACACACUUCCUUGCUGGAUGAAUACAGCCGAUUCCUGUACAAGACUGAAAUCCUGGACAGGCCAGGAGUUCUUAAAGACCUGAAGACAAUGGGCUCUAUCUCUCUCUUCAUCUUCUUCAUCACUCUGCUUGUGCUUGCCAGACAGAAUGAAUAUUACUGUAGGUUAGACUUCCUGUGGAAGAACAAGUUCAAGAGGGAGUGUGAGGAGAUCGAGACCAUGGAGAACCUCAACCGAGUUCUGCUGGAGAACGUCCUGCCUGCUCACGUUGCAGAACACUUUCUGGCCCGCAACUGGAAGAAUGAGGACCUGUACCACCAGUCCUACGACCUGGUGUGUGUCAUGUUCGCCUCCAUCCCAGACUUUAAAGAGUUCUACACCGAGUCUGACGUCAACAAGGAAGGGUUAGAGUGCCUCCGGCUCCUCAACGAGAUCAUUGCUGAUUUUGAUGAGCUGCUGUCCAAACCUAAGUUCAGCGGGGUGGAGAAGAUUAAAACCAUUGGCAGCACUUACAUGGCUGCUACUGGGCUGAACGCAUCACCUGGGCCAGAGUACACAACACAGGAGCAUGACAGGCAGUACAUGCACAUAGGAACCAUGGUAGAGUUUGCGUUUGCUUUGGUGGGGAAGCUUGAUGUUAUCAACAAACAUUCCUUCAAUGACUUCAAACUCAGAGUUGGUAUCAACCAUGGUCCGGUGAUAGCUGGAGUAAUUGGAGCUCAGAAACCGCAGUAUGAUAUCUGGGGCAACACGGUGAAUGUAGCUAGCAGAAUGGACAGCACUGGAGUCCUGGGGAAAAUACAGGUGACAGAGGAGACGAGUCGCAUCCUCCUGACCCUGGGCUACAUGUGCUCUUGUCGAGGCAUCAUCAACGUCAAGGGCAAAGGAGAGCUCAAAACCUACUUUGUGCACACAGAGAUGACCCGUUCACUGUCCCAGGGGAAUGUAAUGCCGUGAGACUGGUUCGACAUGAGCAGGAUUUGCACAGGCACAGAAGAUCAGAUUUUUAACUCCAUAUGGUAAAGGUCUGCUCCUCUCAAGGCGGAUGAGACUCAUAAAAAUGAGGCAUGAGGCGAUACCUGCACCAUAAGAGGAUAAAAACCUAAUUUUACUGUUGUAUGCCACAGCUGUACAGUAGUAUACAUUUUGUCACUUAUAUAACUGUAAGUGUAGCGUGUACAGCAAGUAGGUGGUACCUCUGGAAAAUAGUGUAAUUUGACUGCUGGAUCUGAAAUUGUCAUGGUGGCAUAAUUCAGACAGUUCUGCUGUUGUAGCAGGAAAGUUCAAUGACAGAAAAACAUUUGAAAUUUGCAUUUCACCUCGACUCUGGGAGGCAUGCUCAUUUCACUGUGCCAUUUAAGUCUCUCUUUCAGGCAGGGGCAUAUCAAAAACAGAAUCCACAGUCUGUACACUCUCCACAGGAACACAUUUUGGAUUUCAAAUGAUAAGGGCCUAUAAUAAGCGGCCAAAAACAGCAGCCACAUAAUGUGUAGUGCAAACAAAGUGACAUCAAGGCCGCUUGAAGGGCAGCCAGUGGAAAAGCCUCUCCGAGUUAACUACGACAGUAACAGACUGAAAUGUUGACGUUUGGGAUCAUCAGUCAAGUCAAACUUGAAUAUGCUAUACAGUAGUUUGUUGAUACUGUGCAGCUGGAUGCUUUUGACCGGCCCCCAAAAAUGAAUGGGUUGCCAUUUUACUAUUCAUGCCCCCAGUAAAAGCAAAUUUCAAAAUGGAAUGCAAAAUGGCCAAAUGGAGCUGUGAUAUUAAAAUGAACACAAAGGACAAAAGGUCUGACGGGACACUGCAUGACCGCUGCUGCAAAGAGGAGCUGGCCCUGUGCAAACAGAAAUACACAAAUGAUGACAAGGAGACAGACAUAAGUGUACAUACCUUCGUCCACCUUGUUCUUAGAUGCACGAAAUCUUGGAUGUAUUUACAUAUGGUCUAGGACUGUAGGACCAUAUACAGGAAAAGUAAACAAUGAUGAA